AUGGCGUCCAGCGAUCCGGCGCAGAAGCCGCACGCGGUGUGCGUCCCGUACCCGGCGCAGGGCCACAUCACGCCCAUGCUCAAGGUGGCCAAGCUGCUGCACGCCCGGGGCUUCCACGUCACCUUCGUCCUCACCGAGUUCAACUACGCGCGCCUCCUCCGAUCGCGCGGCCAGGCCGUGUUUGAUGCCUGCCCCGGCUUCGACUUCACCGCCAUCCCCGAUGGCCUCCCGCCGUCCGACCCCGACGCCACCCAGGACAUCCCCGCGCUCUGCCGCUCCACCAUGACCACCUGCCUUCCCCACCUCAACGCCAUCCUGGCCCGCCUCAACGGCCCCGCCUCCGGCGUGCCGCCGGUGACGUGCGUCCUUUGUGAUGGCGUCAUGUCCUUCGCCUACGACGCCGCCAGGGAGAUCGGCGUGCCGUGCGCCGGGCUCUGGACGGCCAGCGCAUGCGGCUUCAUGGCGUACAACCACUACAAGCAACUUGUCGAGGACGGGCUCGUGCCGCUCAAGGACGAGGCACAGCUCACGGACGGGUACCUGGACACGGUCGUCGACGGCGUGCCGGGCCUGUGCGACGGCUUCCAGCUGCGUGACUUCCCGAACUUCAUCCGGACGACGGACCGCGAUGACAUCCUGCUAAAUUUCCUCAUCCGUGAGUCUGGCCGCAUGUCGCUUCCCGACGCCGUCAUCAUCAACUCCUUCGACGACCUCGAGAAGCCGGCGCUCGACGCCAUGCGAGCCAUCCUCCCGCCCGUCUACACCCUCGGCCCGCUCCUCCUCCACGUCCGCCGGCUCGUCCCCGCGGGCUCCCCUCUCGACGUCGGCGUCAGGUCCAACCUGUGGAAGGAGCAGGACGGCCUCAUCGAGUGGCUCGACGCCCGGCCACCGCGCUCCGUCGUAUACGUGAACUACGGCAGCAUCACCGUGAUGACGAACGAGCAGCUGCUGGAGUUCGCGUGGGGGCUGGCCAACAGCGGCUACCCCUUCCUGUGGAACGUCCGGCCCGACCUCGUCAAGGGCGACGCGGCGGUGCUCCCGCCGGAGUUCCAGGCCGCCAUCGAGGGCCGCGGCCUUCUCACGACAUGGUGCCCCCAGGAGGUUGUGAUCGAGCAUGAGGCCGUGGGCGUGUUCCUCACGCACUCCGGGUGGAACUCGACGCUGGAGAGCCUCUGCGCCGGCGUGCCGAUGCUGAGCUGGCCCUUCUUCGCCGAGCAGCAGACCAACUGCCGGUACAAGCGCACCGAGUGGGGCGUGGGGAUGGAGAUCGGCGGCGAGGUGCGGCGGGCGGAGGUGGCGGCGAUGAUACGGGAGGCCAUGGAGGGCGAGAAGGGGGAGGAGAUGCGCCACCGCGCCGCGGAGUGGAAGCAGAAGGCCGCGCAGGCGACCCUGCCAGGUGGCCCCUCAGAGACCAAUCUGGACGGAUUAAUUCAUGUGCUGCAAGGCAAGACGGGUCAAGCCGGAAAGAACAAGGUUCCCUUUGGCCUUAGGAACAUGAAGGUGAUAUUUCAACUGGAGAUUUGUAACAGGGGAGGAGCAUGA